AUGAUGUCCCACAUCCCCGGCGAGAUCCCACCACCCAACCUGGCCGCUCUGGCCGAAGACCACUACUUCUCCGCCAACCCGCCGCCCAAGGACCUUGAGAAGCACGUGAAGCUCGCCAAGGACUUCAUCGACUACCACGCCAAGUCUGGCCGCAGGCUAGUGUUGAUAACCAGCGGCGGCACCACCGUCCCCCUCGAGAAGCAAACCGUCCGCUUCAUCGACAACUUCUCGGCGGGCACGCGCGGCGCCACCUCGGCCGAAUAUUUCCUCGAAGCCGGCUACGCCGUCCUCUUCCUGCACCGACAAUUCUCCCUGCUGCCCUUCUCGCGCCACUACAGCCAUGCGACCGAUUGCUUCCUCGAUUUCCUGAAGGAAGGGCCUGACGGCCGCUCCGUCGUGGCCCGCGACAAGGACGCCAGCAAGAUGCUCCAGGUGCUGCGCAAGUACCACAGUGCUCGCGACAACAACAUGCUGCUGGCCAUCCCGUUCGUCAGCAUCUCGGACUACCUGCAUGAGCUGAGGAGCAUCGCCCAGCUUAUGAAGCCGCUUGGUCCCAAGGCGCUGCUUUACCUGGCCGCUGCCGUUAGCGAUUUCUUCGUGCCGCCUGAUCGCAUGAGCGAGCAUAAGAUCCAGAGCACGGAUGCUGUCGCGGAAUACAAGAAGUCUGCUUCAACCGCGACUUCAAAUGCUGCCACUCCCAGUGCCAGCACGAGGGCUACACCCGCCCCUGGCUCUGGCAAUGGAUCUGGAUCAGGAGUGGUGGAUGAAGAGACCUUUGACAACUUUGAUUCUUCCCCCAGCGUGCCUAGGAGUAAGCGGUUGGUGGUCGACUUGGACCCUGUGCCCAAGUUCUUGAAGAACUUGGUGGAGGGAUGGUCGCCGGAGGGAAUGAUCGUUUCGUUCAAGUUGGAGACGGACCCAAGCAUCUUGACUCUGAAGGCUAAGUACUCGCUUGAUCGGUAUCAGCAUCAUUUGGUUAUUGGGAAUUUGCUCUCAACCCGCAAAUGGGAAGUCGUCUUCGUAGCGCCCAACCGUAAAGACAAGUGGAUCCGCGUCCCCAUGCACCGCCGCGUCGGUUCUUCUACUUCAACCGACCCGUCAACAUCAAAAGAUACACAAAUAGAAAAGGACGAACCCCUAGACCCCAAGUCCUUGCCCGAGGGGGAACCGGAGAUCGAGAUCGAGAGCCUCAUCAUCCCUGCUGUCAAGGACUCGCAUAGUGAGUAUAUUGAUACUUUUGAGAGGGAGAGGAGGGGAAGGAGUGGGACGCCUGGUGCUUAG